AACGUCAUUUCCUAUAAACGUUUGCGGGAAUCGGAACCGCAUCGCCUGGAGUUAACAUGCCGAAGUUUUAUUGUGAUUACUGUGAUACUUAUCUCACCCAUGACUCUCCAUCUGUGAGGAAAACCCAUUGCAGUGGCAGGAAACAUAAAGAGAAUGUGAAAGAUUACUAUCAAAAAUGGAUGGAAGAACAAGCACAGAGCCUGAUAGAUAAAACAACGGCUGCAUUUCAGCAAGGCAAAAUCCCACCUACCCCGUUCUCUGCUCCACCUCCUGGGGGAGCAAUGAUACCACCACCGCCUAAUAUCCCUGGUCCUCCACGGCCUGGUAUGAUGCCAGCACCCCAUAUGGGUGGACCACCAAUGAUGCCAAUGAUGGGACCACCUCCUCCAGGAAUGAUGCCAGUUGGACCUGCUCCAGGAAUGAGGCCACCUAUGGGAGGACAUAUGCCAAUGAUGCCAGGGCCACCAAUGAUGAGACCUCCAUCCAGACCCAUGAUGGUACCAACCAGACCGGGAAUGGCUCGCCCAGACAGAUAAAGUGGAAUUGGACCUACUGCUCCUUUUUUUUUUAAUGUAUGCCUUUAUUUUAAGCUGUGGAAGUUGCAUUGCCCAAAUUAUCAACAAUUUUUUUAAUUUACAAUCUAAAAUUGGGGGAGGGAGAUGAAGCCAGAGGGGGAAAAAACCCAUAAAGAUCAAGGCUUUGUAGCAUUUCCCAAAUAAUUUUUCAUGUUUGUUGUUAAAAUAAAAUAUUGAUAAUUGCUUUCUCA